CUUGUACACAGCAACAAAACUUUCGUAGACAACACCAAUUUGGGGAAAAUGGCACUCAAGGAGUAUCAAGUCGUUGGCCGCAAGGUCCCAACUGAGCAGGAACCUGUCCCUAAGUUAUUCCGCAUGCGUUUGUUUGCUCCUAACGAAUCGGUCGCCAAGUCUCGUUACUGGUACUUCUUGAAGAUGAUUAACAAGGUCAAGAAGGCCACCGGUGAGAUUGUUGCCAUUAACCAAAUUCACGAACCUAAGCCUCUUCAACCUAAGGUUUUUGGUAUCUGGAUUCGUUAUGACUCUCGCUCUGGUACUCACAACAUGUAUAAGGAGUUCCGCGACACCACCCGUGUUGGCGCUGUCGAGGGUAUGUACCAAGACAUGGCUGCUCGUCACCGUGCUCGUUUCCGCAGCAUCCGUAUCCUCAAGGUCGUCACCGUUGAGAACAAGGAGGAUGUCCGCCGCAGCUACGUUAAGCAACUUCUUGAUCCUAAGUUGAAGUUCCCUCUCCCUCAUCGUCGUACUGGUACUCUCGGCUUGGCUGGCAAGAAGGUCUUUGCUCCUCACCGUCCCACCACCUUCUACUAAUUUUUUGUAUGGUUUUCAUAGACACAGCAACUGUGUGUUGUACAAAAUACAGUUUCUUAACAUAUAAAUGGGAUAAGUCAGGAUGCAUUUCGAGUCGUAAACAGAGUGAAAUAAGAAUACUGUAACUUUCUGUAAGUAAAAACAUAGACUCAAGAAAGGAUAUUUUAUAGACUUUACUAGGUAUAAGGCAGCAGUUGUUAGGUCAUUUAUAGAGGGCUGAAACCAGUCCUUAAGUCUCAAAAUAAGAACUUUACAGUAAGAAGAAUAUGCAAAUACGUGCGCUUCCCUAAAUUUGAUGGUUUAUUAUUUUUAUGAACAAGCAGUGAUAAACUGGAUCAGGGGAGAUAGUUAACAUGACUUUUCUUUUGUUCAGGUUUCUUGUUAUUGUUUUUCCUUCUUUUGUCCUCAUUGUGUAUUUUUGUGGAUUACUCACUUAGAUGAUAUUCUAUAAAUUCAUAUUGUAGAGCUAAGAAAAUGCAGAAGGCUUACGAUUCAACUGUAGUCGCUAAUAAUGUAGAAUGAU